AUGAAGGUCACCGUGAAGACCCUCAAGGGGCUUCAAUUCGACGUGGCGGAGGUGAAGGGGAAGAUCUUUGAGAUUCAGGGCGCGGCGUUUCCGCGCGAGCAGCAGCUGCUGAUCCACCAGGGCAAGGUGCUCAAAGACGACUCCACGCUCGCCGAGAGCAACGUCUCGGAGAAUGGCUUCCUCGUCGUCAUGCUGACAAAGCCUGCAGCGACCCCUGCGCCAGCGCCUGCUGCGGCACCAGUGGCCGCGCCAGCUGCACCAGCGGCGCAAGCAGCCCCCGCAGCGCCGGCCGAGCCCGCCGCUCCAGCAGCGCCCGCAGCUCCGCCUGCCGCCACCGCCGCACCCGCAGCAGCCGCGGGCGAGCAAGCGGGGAGUGGGGCGGCGGCGGAGACGGGGGGGGUGUACGGGCAGGCGGCGUCCGCGCUGCUGGCGGGACCGCACCUAGAGUCGACGGUGCAGCAGAUUCUGGAGAUGGGCGGCGGCAGUUGGGAUCGCGACACGGUGCUGCGCGCUCUGCGGGCGGCGUUCAACAACCCCGAGCGCGCUGUGGAGUACCUCUACUCGGGUAUACCAGAGACGGCCGCGCCGCCUGUGGCGCGCGCGCCCCCAGCGGCGGGAGGGGGAGGGGAGGCGGAGGGCAUGGAGGACGUGGCGAUGGAAGGCGGCCCCAAUACCGCGCCCCUCAACCUCUUCCCCCAGCCGGGGCAAGGGGGAGCAGCAGCAGGCGCAGAGGGAGCGGCGGCGCUGGACUUCCUGCGAAACAAUCCCCGGUUCCAAGAGCUAAGAGCCAUGGUCCAAGCGCGCCCACAGCUGCUGCAGGUACGCCCUCCCCGUCCGCACUCUGCUUGUACCCACCGCACCAACUCGCUCUCUCUCAUGCCUUGGCUCUCGCAGCCCAUGAGACAGGAGCUUGGGAAGCAGAACCCUGAGCUUGGGAAGCAGAACCCUGAGCUUGGGAAGCAGAACCCCCAGCUGCUGCACGCACCUCCUUCCCCUCCACUCUUGAGAGCUGCUGCUGAGCUCCUCCAUUCUCAAAAUCACCAGCCCAUGCUACAGGAGCUGGGCAAGCAGAAUACCCAGCUGCUGCACCUCAUUCAUGCUACCAUCCCCAAUUCCAUCGCCCUCACACCAACCCCCACACCCAUCCCUUUCAACUGCUCCACCCCUACUUUCCCUCUCUCCCACACCACCAGCCCAUGCUACAGGAGCUGGGCAAGCAGAACCCCCAUGCUACAGGAGCUGGGCAAGCAGAAUCCCGAGCUGCUGCAGCUAAUCCAGGCGCACCAGACGGAGUUCCUGCAACUCAUCAACGAGCCGCCGCCAGAAGGUGAGCUGAUGAGUCAGCUGGAGGCGGCAGCAGCGGCGGCAGCAGGGGGAGAGGGCCUGCCGCCAGGCGUGAGAGCAAUCCAAGUCACCCCGGAGGAGCAAGAGGCCAUCGCACGGCUGGAGGCGAUGGGGUUUGACAGGGAUCUGGUGGUGGAAGCACUCUUCGCGUGCGACAAGAACGAGGAGCUCGCUGCCAACUACUUGCUUCCUUCUUUCUUCCGCCACUCAUGCCCUGUGUCCUGUGCUCUGUUCCCUGUGCCCUGCCCCACUCGGCCCUGUGUCCUGUGCUCUGUUCCCUGUGCCCUGCCCCACUCGGCCCUGUGUCCUGUGCUCUGUUCCCUGUGCCCUGCCCCACUCGGCCCUCUGGAGGCGAUGGGAUUCGAUCGCGACCUGGUGGUGGAGGCAUUCUUCGCGUGCGACAAGAACGAGGAGCUCGCUGCCAACUACUUGCUGGAGCACGGCGCUGAGUUUGACGACUGA